CAAUAAUGUACUUGCAGUCGUUCUCCGACUGAGCAGUGUCCAAAAUACGGGCUAGUAUAAUGCAUCGUAUAGUGGCGACGUAGAUUAUUCAGAAAGAUAUCCAUGUGAUUAAAAAUUUAACGAGUAGAUUCUUCCAUGUGUUUGGGACUAGAAACGAGGAUGCUCCGCAAAGUCCGUCGAAUCGGAUCGUCCUCUGGCAUUUUUCAUUGAAUAAAAAAAAUGUGAAACACCUCGAAAAAAUUUAAUUAAAUAUGAUGACAAAUAGAGAAUCUUAUUACUGUUCUGCUUGGAUAAUUUUAUUUACAGCUGGUUUCACAUUAUGCGUCAACGUACACUUCGAAAACAAAGACGGCGGAUUCUUCAUAAAGCAACAGAUCCGCCAGAACAUCAUCCUGACAUCCUCGAAUGCAGAAACAUCGACACCAUCGAAUCUAAACAGCGGAUUUCCUAUAUCGGUAGAUAAGUUCACAGUGUUCCAACGUUCCCAGCCGAUUUCAGUGAGGGCGACGUAUGGGCCCUUUAGUACAAAACAAACGGUUCCGGCUAAAUAUAUCGUACCUGAUCCACUACCUGUUAACAAUUCAGGGUCAACAAUCGAUUUCCAAGAUCAAAUAACCCAUCACCUCGACAUGUCGGCGCACAUCGUCCGCAACGAAAUACCGAGAGACUCGCCGGUGCUAAGAGUGCUCUUCCACACGGGCACGGACCCCGGAGGAAGGCGACAGGUCCUCCUGGCGAGGCACCACCAGAAAAUUUGCAUCGUCCUGCAGGUCAGCAUGGGCAAUCACACGCCGCUGCACGCCGCUUGCAGCCCCGACGGCGAAGACGGAGUCUGCUUGGCUCAAGUGACGAUUCCCUCGUUCUGGUGGAGCCCUUUGCCGUCGCUGGACAAGCACGGAAAGCCCGGCAAGGUGGUGAAAACGCCGCCUAAACUGGUGCAAGUCGCCUACUCGGUGUUGGAGCCUUGGCCCGACGAGGGCGAAGGUUGCCAACCCAAAGUCCAAGUGCAGCCUUCGAUGACACUAGGACACAUUCCUCUGACUGCCGCUAAAGGAGCUUACAAAGAACUCAAACUGACUGAUUCCAUUACGAUGCUAGUUCCUCAUCCCCCUCUGUACCCGAGGUCCAUAUUGUAUCUACCGGUGUUUAUCGACAGGGAGAAGGCGAAAACUAUGACGGCUAUUGUUAUUAAGGCGAGGUUGAAAAGCGGCGUUCGGUUUCUGGAAGCUAUCCCAUCUGAAGGUAUUCCAUGGAAUAUUACAAUAGAUAUUAAUCCCAGGCACACUAGCGCUACUGUAACACUUAUUAGAAGGGAACCACCCAAUGCUGAGAUUUCGUCGAAUAAAGGAGAUAUAAUGGAGUUAUUCACUUGGCUGAUAGAAAUAGCAGAAGACGCUGUGGAAAACUACGAUAAGAGCAAAAUCGUAUGGACUGCGAGGUACGAGCCUCAUCACGAGCUGGAACCGGAGGACGAUGUCCUUAAGGAGGGAAGGAAGUUAAUAUCGCGAUUCGAGAUACAGAAGGACGAUAUACAGGCGGUCGUGCCCAUAAGCAAGAAUUGGGAAGUUUUGAAUACGGCAGUGCUGACCGGCAUUCAAGUGUCUCAGGCCAUGAAGGUGUUUAUUGUAUCGCAAGCAGGCAAAGCGGCCGAUGUUACAUUCCAAUCGUCGUGUUAUUCUGAAGACGAAAGUGUUUUAAAGGUUUCUUCUUCGUGUGGGUCGGUAUAUGUCGAUGGUAGCGAAGCUCGCGGAUCCGUCAAUGGUUCGGUAAUUGUAAAAUACGGCACUUUUACCGGUAUAGCCCAAUUCACAGUUUGGAUGCCGGAAUUUCCCUUAGAAUUAGAAGUAGCCGACACCAAACUAUCACAAGUGAAAUCCUGGAAAGUGCCCGAUUAUCUACCAAAUUUAUCGAAAAUGAAAAGCCGGAAGAAGCGCUCGUUCGACACCAAUUGGAGCCUCCCGACCGCCGAAGAGACCAUCGAAAAGCCGAUUUGUAAGCUCCGGUACCAACAAACGUCCGUGGAAGUGUACGCGCACUUCUUGGCAUCUGACCACACUUCCGGCCGCACGACGUACCUGAUCAACCGGAGGACGUUGCUGAGAAUAACCGAUCUCGUGUUGCCUUGGCUGCGGGUCAGCGAUCCCAGAAUAGCGAGCCUACACGGGAAGAUUUUGCAGGGCAGGAGCGUCGGCAGGACCGAAGUGCAGGUGCUGUCGCCGAUAACCAGUAGAGUUUACGGGUCGAAAGAGAUUCGCGUGGGUAACGAUAAAGUCGGUCUGACGAAAUUGUACGUGCAAGUCGUUUCUGGGCUUCAAUUGAACAUAUCACCGGAUUCUUCCAUAGAUAACGUGUACGUCGCUGAAACGGGUAUUACUAGAAAAUUGACGGCGCAAUAUCAGGAAGGAUUGCUGGAUAUAGAAUUAGAAUUUUCGGAUGGCCAGAAGACUCCGCUGAGAGAUAUCACGGAGAACGAUUACCAUCUAGUAGUAGAAAGCUUGGAUCCCGAUGUGGUAGCUUUCGCACCGAUGAUUGCUUCUCAUCAUCCAAGAGUCAUAGCUGUUGGAGAAGGCAGCGGAGACCUGCUACAGGUGUCUCUUCAAUUGGCUGAAGAAUGUAGGGUAAUCGGGAGACCGAAGUCCAAAACUCUCGGUCCUUUAUCAACGGCUGCAGCGAAUAUCAUAGUCGAUUUUAACACGUUCGACCUCCAGCGACCUGAUAUAUUACAAAAUGACGGUGGCAAUUUCGUAAAUUCGAAAGGAAGAGAUUUCGUAGACCUUCAAGACAUCCUUAAAGGUGCUGCAGCUUCGUUGGACUCUGACGAACCCAACGUACAAGCUAGGCAAUAUCAAAAUAGCAAUAAAGGAAUAUUUAAACCAUUUUCGAUCCAUUCUACUCCAUUAGAAAUUAGUAUGUAUGUGUUGCUUACCGCGUUCUGUUGUGCAAUAUUGGUGUUUGUAAUAUCGUGUGUAGUUUAUGCGUCUAAAUAUAAGCCUGUAGCGAACGUGCAAGAAAGCGUGCACACCAACCCCGCGCCGCCCAUCGGGUUUCGACUCAUCCACGACUUCCAAAAACCGCAGGAAUACACGACCAACGUGCACGAUUGGGUAUGGCUGGGCAGGGCCCCGAUCAGCCCACCGAACGAGCGCCCCGCCAACAUGAGGAUCAUCUCGAACCCGCUGAACACGAAUUACAGCGAGCCGGGCGACUCUUUGACCGCCAGCCUGGGACAGUCCAACCAGAGGCCGCCGAGCUCGAGGAACAGCGGCAGGAACCAGUCGAGGAACGAAAGCGACAACGGCAACGCGGACAACGAGAACGGGAACGACGUGAGAGCGUGGGACAAGCCGAAAUCGCCGACUGCUCUGUCGCCGCACCCGAUUCCCGGUCAUUCCUCGAAGGUUCCGAAAGCGGGCGACGACUACCGCCCUCCGGUGCCGCCGCAUCGUAACCUGGAGCUGUCGGGUUCCACUGGGUCCUCGCUGGAUCAAGAAAAUAAACAUUCGGAUAAGUAUAGGACUCACAGGCUCUCGAACGAAAAUUCGCAGAGGAAAUACGAAGACGCUCAAAUGUCCCAGUUCCAUAUCAAUGAUGAGUUACAAGACUUGAUCGGAAGAGAGGAAGACCCGGAAUUUGUAGAAUACUUGAAAAGUCCAAGCAAUAACGGUUACCAAAAAAGGGCCGAAGUUAAAUUAGCGACUAUUGUAGGAAACCCGAUGAUUAAUGGAACCUUAGAGAAAAAUAAGUUGUCUGAUUUGCCCAAUUUAGAUCAAUUGCCUUUAGACAUGGAUUACCAUCAGAUUAUGCAUUACUUUGAGAAUUUAAAGGAAUCGAAUGCCUGAGUAGAGGAAAUAAUCGCCGAUAUUCAUGCCAUAAUGUUAACAUUCAAUAGCCGGUACAAGGCUGCACAACUGUACGACUACCUCUGAAUGAAUUCAAAUGAAUGGAUUUUCGACGAUUCUACCGACUGAUAAGCAAUUAUACGAGAUGUUUCUACCACUGUCAAAAUCAAUUAAGCACUGAGAUCGCCUUCACUAUAUCAAUGUAUUUCUACGAAAAUUUAAACUUUAGCUUCGCAUGUUAGUAAUCGUGACCAAAAAGCUUACCAAAUAUUAUAACGUGUACAUUUUGUAACAUAACAUAACAGGAGAAUUUCACAUUAUUAAACAGUGAAUUCUGAACGUGAAACUUUGUGUCUAUUUAACGAGUAAAUAAUGUAGAAGCAGCACGAGUGAGACAUGCAAAUAUUUGUAAAAAUGUCAAUAAAAUGUACAAUAAACUGACCUAUUACAUUUAAUGUUUCGAUGAGUAGCUUAGAGCAUCGCGCGGUGUCCUGUUGUAAUUCAAUUUCGAGUUUACCCCUUUGUUCGGCUUUUGCAAUAUAUGUAAAUAAAAAUAAGACGCCUUGUAUGUUGAUUGUUAUAGGACUAAAUGACGCUUUAUA